GUGUCGGCCCCUAGCAACACCACCGAACAGCAACAUUUACAUGUAGCCAGAUAUGAAAUAUUGUAAUAACGAGACAGUUGUCUGAUCAUUGAAGUAUAAAGGAAAUAUUCAUCCCGGUAACUCAGCUUUCGGUAAUAGGGGCAAGAUGCAGUCGGAGGAUGCACGGUAUUUAAAAAGGAAAGUGAAAGGAGGAAAUUUGGAUGUUCACCCAACUGAAAAAGCGCUUGUGGUUCAGUAUGAAGUGGAAGCCACUAUACUGGGAGAAAUGGGCGAUCCAAUGCUCGGAGAACGGAAGGAAUGCCAGAAAAUCAUUCGCCUCAAAAGCCUAAAUGCCAACACUGACAUCGCCUCACUAGCUCGCAAAGUGGUAGAGGAGUGCAAACUUAUACACCCCUCCAAACUGGCAGAAGUGGAGCAGCUGUUGUUCUAUCUUCAGAAUCGCAGGAAGCCCAGCGGUAAAGAGAAAAAAGAAAAAAGACCAAUCAAACCGAGAGAUCUAACCCCAUUCGAAGGGAUGGAGAUUGAUGAGGAGGCCAACAUCAACAACAUUGACGACUAUGUGGAGCUGCUGUAUGAGGACAUCCCUGAGAAAGUCCGGGGCUCCACCCUCAUCCUCCAGCUGGCCCGCAACCCUGACAAUCUGGAGGAGCUGCUACAGAAUGAAACCGCCCUGGGAGCCCUGGCCCGGGUCCUGAGAGAAGACUGGAAGCAAAGCGUGGAGCUGGCCACAACCAUCAUCUAUGUUUUCUUCUGUUUUUCGAGCUUCUCUCAGUUCCACGGGCUGAUCACUCACUACAAGAUCGGGGCGCUGUGCAUGAACAUCAUCGAGCACGAGCUCAAGCGAUACGACCUGUGGCAGGACGAACUGCAGAAGAAGAAAAAGGCUUGUGAAGAUGACCCUGAUAACCAGAACCUGAAGAAGGAAUAUGAGAAAGCUUUCAAGAAGUACCAAGGCCUGCUGACCAAGCAGGAACAGCUACUGCGAGUGGCUCUGUACCUGCUGCUCAACCUGUCCGAGGACACACGCACCGAGCUAAAAAUGAGGAACAAGAACAUCGUCCACAUGCUGGUGAAGACCCUGGACAGGGAGAACGCCGAGCUGCUGGUCCUCGUGGUCUCCUUCCUCAAGAAGCUCAGCAUCUUCCUGGAGAACAAGAACGACAUGGCUGAAAUUGAUACCAUUGAGAAGCUGGCCAAACUGGUUCCAUGUGAACACGAGGACCUGCUGAACAUCACCCUUCGCCUCCUCCUCAACCUGUCCUUCGACACUGGCUUGCGCAACAAGAUGGUGCAAGUUGGGCUGCUGCCAAAGCUCACCACGCUGCUAGGUAACGAGACCCAGAAACAGAUAGCAAUGUGUAUCCUCUACCACAUCAGUGUGGACGACAGAUUCAAGUCCAUGUUUGCUUACACAGACUGCAUUCCACAGCUAAUGAAGAUGCUCUUUGAAUGUGGUGAAGAGCGAAUAGAUGCCGAGCUCAUAUCUUUCUGCAUCAACCUGGCAGCCAACAAGAGGAACGCCCAGCUCAUCUGUGAAGGCAAUGGCCUAAAGAUGCUGAUGAAGAGAGCGUUGAAACUGAAGGACCCUCUGUUAAUGAAGAUGAUCAGGAACAUUUCUCAGCAUGACGGUCCACCUAAACAUUUAUUCAUAGAUUAUGUCGGGGACCUGGCGGCCCAGAUCAGGCAAGACGAGGACGAGGAGUUUGUGAUCGAGUGCCUGGGAACCCUGGCCAACCUCACCAUCCCCGACCUGGACUGGGAGCUGGUCCUAAAGGAGUACAACCUUGUGCCCUACCUGAAGGACAGGCUUAAACCAGGCUCAGCUGAGGACGACCUGAUCCUGGAGGUGGUGAUCAUGAUCGGCACCGUCUCCAUGGAUGACUCGUGUGCCGCUAUGCUGGCCAAGUCAGGCAUCAUCCCAGCACUGAUCGAGCUUCUGAAUGCCCAACAGGAAGACGACGAGUUUGUCUGUCAGAUUGUCUACGUCUUCUACCAGAUGGUGUUUCACCAGGCAACCAGAGACGUCAUCAUCAAGGAGACCCAAGCCCCGGCUUACCUCAUCGACCUGAUGCACGACAAAAACGCAGAAAUCCGGAAGGUGUGUGACAACACUCUGGAUAUUAUUGCCGAGUAUGACGAGGAGUGGGGCAAGAAGAUCCAGAGCGAGAAGUUCCGCUGGCACAACUCCCAGUGGCUGGAGAUGGUGGAGAACCGGCAGAUGGAUGAGGCCGAGCCCUUCAUGUACGGGGACGACGGAGAGCCCUUCCUCCACGACGGGGACAUCCUGGAGCGCCCUGACCUCUUCUACAGCGCCGAUGGGAUAAUCCCAGCGGAUGGCGCCAUCAGCCCGGAGUUCUUCAACGAGUUCCACACUCAGAAUGGAGACACAGGUCCGCAGGCCUUCUCCGGCAGUGCGGGUGGGGAUGGAUUUGGACCAACGGCAGGAACUCCGGGGCGUCCUGCCACAGCCUAUGGCUAUCGUCCGGAUGAGCAGUUCUACUACGGAUACGGAUCCAGAUAAACCCUUUGCACUUGGUUCAUCCGCAUGUCCUGUAUUCGGUUACACUAACCAUAGAGACGCCUCACAUACCUGCAAGUCUGACCACUGAUUAAGUUGCAUUAAAAUUUAGGACAUCCACGCCAGACCCCUUCUUAACUAUUCUAGUCCAGGAUGUGAAGAGAAUGAAACUGUCUGGACAGCCCUCACUUUCACCCAUUUCCUCUGUCCUUCUCUGGCUGUCAUUGAGCUCUUCUGCUUUUAUUGGUGUACUCAUAUAACUGUAAAUGUUCACAUUCAGUAUAUUACACAUCUGAGACCAUUUAUUAGAUUAAGCAGUAAAUAUAGACGGUAAUGGAAGAGUCGCGACUUUUCAAAGAAAGUGCAAGACCUCUGGUGAAGUUGCCCAUUUCCAUCUUCAUUUCAUUUUAACACAUCCAGGUGGAAGACUGGAGAAUUUCCCUUUCAGAAGUAGUGUCACGACAUCCAUGAAACCACCUUACACCCCACCAAAUUUAAUGCACUAUCCAUUGCUCAUUCAUAGAACACUAAUCCGUGUUAGGCACGAUCUUGCGUGGCUCUUGGUCUAAACCAAGCCACCCGAUAGUAUUGCAUGGUAGAAGAAAAAUGUUAGAUUUUGAUAUGCUUGUGUGAACUUAUUUAAGGUGGAGACACUGUAGGUCUACUGUUUGUAUACGCGUUUCUGCCUGUGACACACAGAUGUUCAGUGAAUUGUGGAUCACAGAGGUGACGGCUUGGAGAUGGCGGAGCAGGCACUACAAAGCCUUUGUAUCUUAUUUGAGUUUUGUAUUUUUAGCACCAAAAAAUGACAGCUGCGCAUAUUAUUUUGCUUUUGUUACUGGUUAACAAGAUUACAUGUAUUAUUUCCAGAUUGUUUUAUACUAGUGUUGAUGAUUUCUGUUUUAUUUCAUAUAAUUGUCUGUUAUUUUUGUAUAGCACUCUUUAAGAGCCCAUAUGCUUAUUUUCAAUGGUGCCUGGAGCUCACCUGAACUACUGUAAUGAAAAAGCCUUUGCUGCUAUGGUGCAAUGUGAUAUUGUUGUGAAGGUCCAAUCAUCGGGACCAGGCUGAAUAAAGUGGAUGUUUAAUUGUG